GCUCUUUACUUUUUAGCAUAGUCUUAUUUUAUUUGCAUUCUACCAAACACGGCCUUAAUCCUAAGCUAAAACCCAUUUCUCUGCAACUCUGCCCUACACCAAUUCCAUUUCCAUCGCCGCCUGAAACCCUCUCUCUCUCUCUCUCUUCUUCUCCUUCUUCCGCCAUGGGUGGCGACGCCUCAAACUCCGAAACGAGCUCAGGCGAUCACAAGCCCGUCAAACUACCGAUCCAAGGACGCCGAAACAUUCUCAUCACCAGUGCUUUACCUUACGUCAACAACGUUCCUCACCUCGGCAAUAUCAUUGGCUGUGUGCUUAGUGCCGAUGUUUUUGCUCGGUACUGUCGUUUGAGAGAUUACAAUGCUAUUUAUAUCUGUGGAACUGAUGAGUAUGGUACUGCUACUGAGACUAAAGCUUUGGAAGAGAAAUGUAGCCCCAAACAGAUUUGUGAUAAGUAUCAUGCUAUUCAUAGAGAUGUCUAUAAGUGGUUUAAUAUAAGCUUUGAUGAGUUUGGACGAACAUCGACCCCUCAGCAGACUGAGGUUUGCCAAGCAAUCUUCAAGAAACUGUUGGAGAACAAUUGGUUGACUGAGAACACAAUACAGCAGCCUUACUGUGACGCUUGCAAAAAGUUCUUGGCUGACCGACUUGUGGAGGGUACCUGCCCAACUCCAGGGUGUGAUUAUGAUUCUGCUCGAGGAGAUCAAUGUGAGAAGUGUGGGAAGCUUUUGAAUCCUACAGAACUGAAAAAUCCUAGAUGCAAGGUUUGUGGGACAACUCCUCACAUUCGUGAUACGAACCAUCUAUUUCUUGAACUCCCGUUGCUGAAAGAUAAACUUGAGGAAUAUAUUAAUAAAAUGUCUGUGGCUGGGUCUUGGAGCCAAAACGCCAUCCAAGCAACAAAUGCUUGGCUUAAAGAAGGGCUUAAACAGAGAUGCAUUACUAGGGAUCUGAAGUGGGGGGUUCCAGUUCCCCACGAAAACUUCAAAGAGAAGGUCUUUUAUGUCUGGUUUGAUGCACCUAUUGGAUAUGUCUCAAUUACUUCAUGCUAUACAUCCGAUUGGGAGAAAUGGUGGAAGAAUCCUGAAAAUGUUGAAUUAUAUCAGUUCAUGGGCAAGGAUAAUGUGCCAUUCCACACAGUGAUGUUUCCUUCUACUCUUCUUGGAACUGGUGAAGAAUGGACUAUGAUGAAAACAAUUAGUGUAACUGAAUACUUGAAUUAUGAAUCAGGGAAGUUUUCUAAGAGUAAAGGCAUAGGAGUUUUCGGUAAUGAUGCAAAAGAUACAAAUAUUCCUGUGGAAGUGUGGAGAUAUUACUUGCUUACUAAUAGGCCUGAGGUUUCAGACACAUUAUUUACAUGGGCAGAUUUGCAAGCAAAACUGAAUAGCGAAUUGCUGAAUAAUUUGGGCAACUUUAUAAAUCGGGUCUUGAGUUUUAUUGCUAAACCUGCAGGUCAAGGAUAUGACUCCAUUUUACCCGAUGUUCCGCAUGAAGUAUCUGAUCCUUUGACUGAGAAAUUAGCAGAUAAAGUUGGUAAAGCUGUGGAACAAUAUGUUGAAGCAAUGGAGAAGGUCAAACUAAAGCAAGGUCUAAAGACUGCAAUGAGUAUUUCGAGUGAGGGAAAUGCGUAUCUGCAAGAAAGUCAAUUCUGGAAGUUAUACAAGGAGGAUCAACCUCGCUGCUCUAUUGUUAUGAAAACUUCAGUGGGGCUAGUACAUAUUCUCGCAUGUCUCUUAGAACCUUUUAUGCCGUCUUUCUCUCGGGAGGUAUUCAAGCAGCUGAAUUUAGAACCCGAACAACUUUCACUUUCUGAUGAAAAAGGAGACAUUGAUAGGGCAAAAAAGCCUUGGAAUAUUGUACCUUCUGGCCACAAAAUUGGGAAACCCGAGCCAUUGUUUAAGGAAUUGAAAGAUGAAGAAGUAGAAUCUUUCAGGCAGAGGUUUGCCGGAAGUCAAGCUGAUAGAGUUGAGAGGGCAGAAGCUGAGGCGGUUAAGGUAGCCCAACAAUUGAAGAAGACCAAAAUUACAGAGAAUACCGGAAAGAAGCAAAAGUCAGCAAAACCUGCAACCGAAGCAGAAAUUACUAUUUCCAGACUCGAUAUUCGUGUUGGUCUGAUUACUAAAGCUCAAAAGCACCCGGAUGCUGAUUCUCUAUAUGUUGAAGAGAUUGAUGUUGGCGAAGGACAGCCCAGAACUGUUGUUAGCGGACUUGUGAAAUUUAUACCUCUAGAGGAAAUGCAGAAUCGGAAGGUCUGCGUUCUUUGCAACUUGAAGCCUGCAAACAUGCGUGGUAUUAAGUCACAAGCAAUGGUUCUUGCUGCUUCCAACAGCGAUCACACCAAGGUGGAAUUAGUUGAUCCUCCGAAAUCUGCUCAAGUCGGAGAGAGAAUUACAUUCCCGGGAUUCGAAGGGGAGCCUGAUGAUGUGUUGAACCCAAAGAAGAAAGUAUGGGAAACAUUGCAAGUGGACUUGCAUUCAAACACAGAUCUAGUUGCUUGUUACAAAGAUAUCCCGUUAACCACAUCGGCCGGUAUCUGCACUGUAUCAAGCAUUUCCGAAGGAUCAAUUAGGUAAAAGUGGAGUUAGCUAGUUAGUGAGAAAAGAUUGGAAGAGGAUAAAUGGUUCUGGUAAAACUUAAGAUUUUGAUUAUUACCUCUAAUUGUCUGCUACUGUAUUUUUCAUACAUUGUGAUAUUCUUUCUGUAAGAUCUAAUUUUUAAUGACAACAAUAAACAAUCCUUUUACUUUACCCAUCAAAA